AUGGCUCGUGUCAAGAAAAGAAUCGAGGGGAUCAAGAAGGGCCAAGGCUCUUCGAAUCCCGAUCGAGCGGUUAAAAAUGCUUCAAUGCGAUCUCGAGGCACCAUCAACCGACUGAACAUGUACAAAUCUGGUGGACGAGCAAUUCGAAAUCGGGACGGCAAAAUUGUAAAACCCGCAGAGUUCCAGAGCCAGCUAAAAUCCGGUGCAGUCGCUCGAGUUGAGCCGAACAGAAAAUGGUUCGGCAACACUCGCGUCAUCGGACAAGAAGCGCUCCAAAAGUUCCAAAAAGAGCUUGGAAACGCGGUCAAAGAUCCCUUCAAGGUUGUGCUGCGCACUUCAAAGCUUCCACUGUCUUUGUUGGAUGCAAAACCUAUGGCGGGAAAGGAGAAAGUCCAUAUUUUGGACACAGAGCCUUACAGUGAGGUUUUCUCAAAGAACAGGCGGAGAAAACGACCCAACUUGAGUUUUGAAAGCUUGGAACAAGUUGUCGAGAAAGUCACAGAAAAGGAAGAAAACUACGAUAUGGAAGGAGAUCAAGAUCUUGUUCGAGAAAGUGACGGAACAUUCGACCAUCAGAGAAAUCCAUUGUUGAACGCUGGUCAGUCCAAGCGUAUUUGGGGCGAGUUGUAUCGAGUCCUCGACUCUUCAGAUGUCAUCAUUCAAGUGCUUGAUGCUCGAGAUCCACAAGGCACCAGAUGUCACCACAUCGAAAGAUAUCUCGAAAAGGAAAAGCCACAUAAGCAUCUCGUCUUUUUACUCAACAAAGUCGACCUGCAGCCUAUCGCUGUCACGAGAAAAUGGGUUCAGCUUUUGACCAAAGAAAGACCAACUUUAGCCUUCCACUCGUCUAUUACAAAUCCCUUCGGCAAGGGUGCGUUGAUUUCGCUUCUCAGACAGUUUGCUCUUCUUCACAAGGACAAAAAAUCUAUCUCCGUUGGUUUCAUCGGCUAUCCAAACGUUGGAAAGUCAUCUGUUAUCAACACCAUGAAGAAAAAGAAGGUCUGUAACGUUGCACCUAUUCCUGGUGAGACCAAAGUCUGGCAGUUCGUUGCACUCACAAAGCGAGUAUUCCUCAUUGAUUGCCCUGGUGUUGUCUACUCCGGUCAGCAGCAUGACGAAACCGAACUAGUUCUCCGGGGCGUCUGCCGAGUUGAAAAUAUAGAGGACCCUCCUUCUCAUGUUCCCGAGGUUCUCCGAAGAGCUGAACAUGUUCACUUGGCCAAGUUGUAUCAAAUCACUGGCUGGGAAAAGGACGAGACUGGAAUUGAAUUCCUCGAAAUGAUCGCUAGAAAGCGCGGUAAACUGCUCAAGGGAGGCGAACCGGAUGUUCAUUCUGUCGCGAAAUCCGUCCUCAGAGACUGGCAAUACGGAAAGAUUCCGUACUUGACUCAACCAGAUCCUAACUAUGUCACAAAGGAGAAAAUCAAAGAAAAAGAGCGGCCAGAAAGCGAGGCAGAUAAGAAACAACGAGAGGAAAUUUCCAACAAGCGAAAGGAGAUCGAGGCAAAAUUGAAUGUGGAACAGGAACUUGAUGAAAUCAAGGAGAAGAACAUGGACGACCCAGAAGAGUACGGUGCCGAUGAGGGCGAAUCUGAAGCAGAAGAAGAAGAGGAAGACGCUCAUGAAGACAAGGAAGAGAUCCCUCAAUCAUCUAGCGGGCCAGUUUCGGAAAAAGAUCUAAUUAUGGCCAAACUUGCCAAGCUGAGAAAAGCAAAUAAGAUGGGUAUUCUACAAAGGCAAGACGCUGUUAAUCGAAAUGCCGCUCGUAAAAGAAAGAUGGAGGAAUCUGUUGAUUUGGGCAAAAUCGCUCGCGAGGCUGACAAAGAGGAGAGAAAAGCCGCCGCGCAAAAGAAAAAACUCGAUGAAAAAUUCAAGGACGACGAAGAGGAAGAGACACUGCCUGGCGUGGGACUCCCUAGGCCAAAGGUUCAAAAGGAAGGCACCGCGAAGGAGCGAAGAGCUAAAGAGAGAAAGGAAAAGGAUACCAAGGGAGAGAAUUAUUAUACGAAAGCGAAUGUGAAGAACAAAAACAAGGAUAAGAAGGUCCAGGAAGAAAUGAAGGCCAAGUUCAAGAAGGGAAACAAAAAGGGCCAAAUGAGGAAGUGA